AUGGCGACUCUCCUACCUCCCCCGACCAAGCGUCAGAAAACGGAAAUCGCCGAGAAGGCUCGGCUGCAACAAGAAAUUCAGAGCAUUCCCGACAACCUGGGAAGCAUUCGAGUACAGUUCUUCGAUCAAGCAACAGGGUCGGCAACGGGCCCCGCGGUGUCAGUGCCUGUGGCCGAUGCCAACGUCAAAAACCUCGAGACGCUCCUCAACACACUACAAGGAAAUGAGGAUGAUGAACGAGUACCGUACCGCUUUAGCUACCAAUCCGAAGACAAAGACAACCAGACAAUCGAUAUCCUAGCAGAUCUAUACCACUCCCUCUUGCAGCCCGGCGUCAAAACCACCGAAGAUACAGUCCACCUCUACUACACCCCACAAGCCGUUUUCCGGGUCAAGGCCGUCUCGCGCUGCUCGGCCUCGAUCGCCGGCCAUGGCGAAGCUAUCCUCGCAACAUCCUUCUCCCCGGCUUCUUCGUCGACUAUGGUUACAGGCAGCGGCGACGCCACCGCGCGCGUUUGGGACUGCGACACCGGAACUCCCCUGCACACGCUGAAGGGACACACCAGCUGGGUUCUGGCGGUGGCCUACUCGCCCAACGGCGCCAUCAUCGCAACGGGCAGUAUGGACAACAGCGUGCGACUUUGGGACGCCAAAAAGGGACAGGCACUGGGUGGACCGCUGAAAGGACACGCGAAAUGGAUCACCAGUCUGGCAUGGGAACCGUACCACAUGCAGGAGUCGGGUCGGCCGCGCCUGGCGUCAGCGUCCAAGGACUCCACCGUUCGCAUCUGGGAUGUGAUCUCCAAGCGCAUUGACACAGUGCUCACCGGCCACAAGGGCUCCGUUACCUGCGUGCGGUGGGGCGGUACAGGAAAGAUUUACACCGCUUCGCAUGACAGAACCAUCAAGGUGUGGAAUGCUCAGAACGGCACCCUCAUGCAAACGCUAUCUGCGCACGCCCACCGCGUAAACCAUCUGGCUCUGUCGACCGAUUUUGUGCUGCGGACUGCCUACCAUGACCACACGGGCCAAGUGCCCGCCGCGGAGUCCGAAAAGGUGGCCACCGCUAAGAAGCGGUUUGAACAGGCGGCCACGAUCAACAACAAGAUCGUGGAAAAGCUGGUUUCGGCUAGUGAUGACUUCACUAUGUACUUGUGGGAACCGGAGAGCUCUAACAAACCGGUGGCGCGGCUGCUGGGCCAUCAGAAGGAGGUCAACCAUGUCACCUUUUCCCCGGACAUGGCAUAUAUCGCGUCGGCAGGGUUUGACAAUCACGUCAAAUUGUGGAACGCUCGCGAUGGAAAAUUCAUUACCACUUUCCGAGGCCAUGUCGGUGCCGUCUACCAGUGUUGCUUUUCGGCCGAUUCGCGGCUCCUGGUUUCCUCGUCCAAAGAUACUACGCUCAAGAUCUGGAAUUUGCGCACCGGAAAGCUCGCAAUGGAUCUUCCGGGGCACAAGGAUGAAGUGUAUGCGGUGGACUGGAGUCCGGACGGACAAAAGGUCGGCAGUGGUGGAAAGGACAAGGCCGUACGGAUAUGGAGAAAUUAA